AUGUCAACAACAGCGGUUGAACUAGCUUCACAGGGACAAGAGCCACAGAGCUCAGUCCAAACGUUUGAACCGAUUGCUGAGAAUGCAGUCAUCCAAGCAAAGCAAAGGUGGAACGAUCCUCCAAUCAACAAAUGGCGUCUUUUAGCUACGUUUGUCAGUUUCGCGGUCGUAGGGGCCAGCGACGGCGUCUAUGGAGCACUUGUGCCAUAUCUUCGUGAUGACUAUAAGCUGUCUACCACGGUCGUCUCUUUGAUUUUCAUGACCCCGUUUGCCGGAUACACGAUCGCAACUCUCAUUGUCAACAAAAUCCACAUGACGUUGGGCCAGCGAGGUAUUGCCAUUAUUGGUCCCCUAUGCCAUAUCAUCCCGUUCGUAAUUAUGGCCAUUCGCCCGCCCUGGCCGGUCAUGUUGGCUGUCUACGUAAUUGUGGGCUUGGGGAAUGGCCUCAUUGAUGCCGCAUGGAACUCUUGGAUUGCAGACAUGGUUAAUGCGAACACCAUGAUGGGGUUUCUCGGUGCCUUCUAUGGGCUUGGGGCAACCCUGAGCCCAACAAUCGCAACGCAGAUGAUCAAAUCCGGCCUCCACUGGAAUUACUUUUAUUAUACACUGCUUGGUGGCUCUGUCCUGGAGUUGACGACGAGUGCCGUUUUGUUCUGGGGAGAGAAUGCGGCUAGCUUCCGAGAGAAAACACGCAGGAGUGCUAGUAGCAGUGGCGGAAACAGAACUACAGAGGCAAUGAAAAGUCGCGUUACCUGGAUGAUAGCCUUCUGGCUGUUUAUCUACAUGGGUGCCGAAGUGUCUGUGGGUGGCUGGGUCGUCGAUUUUAUGGUCCAGGCUCGCAACGGACAGCCAUUCGAGUCUGGUCUAAUUCCCACGGGCUUCUGGGCUGGCGUCACUAUUGGCCGACUUUUACUCGGCUGGGUGAACGACUGGCUAGGCAUGUUAUGCACUCUACGAGAACGGAUUGCGAUCAGUAUCUAUCUUGUGAUCUCAAUAGCUCUGGAACUUAUAUUUUGGCUCGUACCGAAGUUUGUCGUUUCUGCUGUUGCUGUCUCGCUGCUUGGCUUCUUCACUGGGCCUCUCUUUCCUGCGGCAAUUGUAGUGGCUGCGAAGCUGCUUCCGAAGCAUCUACAUACUCCAGGCAUUGGACUUGCGUCAGCAUUGGCUGGUGGUGGUGCAGCAAUACUGCCGUUUGUUGCCGGUGCUUUAUCUGGGGCGCGCGGAGUGCAAAGUCUACAACCAUUUAUUCUUGCUUUACUAAUCACCUUAACAAUCGUCUGGGUGCUUCUUCCCCAGAAUAAGCAUCAUGCUCAUGCAGUUUGA